CAUUUCCCAUUCCUUUUCCUCUCCACAGGAACCCCACAGAAAUAUGACCCGACUUUCAAAGGUCCCAUCUAUGACAGGGGCUGCACUGACAUCAUCUGCUGUGUCCUGCUCGUGGUGGCCAUCGUGGGCUACGUGGUGGUCGGCGUCGUGGCCUGGACCCACGGGGACCCCCGGAAGGUGAUCCACCCCACAGACAGCCGCGGGCAAUUCUGCGGGCAGCAGGGGACCCCCAACGAGAAAAAACCUUUCCUUUUCUACUUCGACAUCGUCAAGUGCGCCAGCCCGCUGGUGCUGCUGGAGUUCCAGUGCCCCACCACGCAGAUCUGUGUCAGCAAGUGCCCGGACAGGUACAUGACGUACCUGGCGGCCCACGGCAACGCGGCGGCGCUGGAAUAUUACCGGAAUUUCUGCACCCCCGAGUUCAAGAACCCGCUCAAGGGUCCUGUCGAGGUGCUGAGGGACAAGGAGUGUCCGGCCAUGCUCAUCCCCAGCACGCCACUGGCACGCAGGUGCUUCCCAGCCAUCCAGGCCAAGAAAGGCGUCAUCAUGGUGGGCAACGAGACCACCUACGACGAUGGCCAAGGGCGCCGCAGGAACGUCACCGAGCUGCUGGAAGGGGCCAAACAAGCCAACGUGGUGCUGGAGGCGCGGCAGCUGGCCAUGAAGAUUUUCGAGGAUUACACGGUGUCGUGGUACUGGAUCAUCAUAGGCCUCGUCAUCGCCAUGGUGGCCAGCCUCAUCUUCAUCGUCCUGCUGCGCUUCCUGGCCGGGAUCAUGGUGUGGGUGAUGAUCGUGAUGGUGAUCCUGGUGCUGGGAUACGGGAUCUUCCACUGCUACAUGGAGUACGCCAAGUUGAAAGGAGAGGCGGGGUCGGACGUGUCCCUGGCGGACCUGGGCUUCCAGACCGACCUGCGCGUCUACCUGCACCUGCGGCAGACAUGGCUGGCCUUCCGUGAGCAGGUGCAGGUGGCCCACAUGAAGGUGAAGGUGGUCCUCAGGCAGGUGCAGGUGGCCCACAUGAAGGUGAAGGUGGUCCUCAGGCAGGUGAAGGUGACCCACAUGAAGGUGAAGGUGGUCCUCAGGCAGGUGCAGGUGGCCCACAUGAAGGUGCAGGUGGCCCACAUGAAGGUGAAGGUGGUCCUCAGGGCCGUUGGUCACGUCAUGUCGUCGCUGCUGUUCCCCCUGUGCACCUUCUUCCUGCUGUGCCUCUGCAUCGCUUACUGGGCCAGCACUGCUGUCUUCCUGUCCACCUCCAACGAGGCCGUUUACAAAGUGUUCAACGAGUCUGCCUGCCCGUUCUCUGGGCACACCUGCAAGCCUCCUCCAGCCGCCGAGAACAAGUUUGCCAAGUUCCUCCUGAGCUGCCUCAAGUGCUGCUUCUGGUGCCUGGAAAAAUUCAUCAAGUUCCUCAACAGGAAUGCCUACAUCAUGAUCGCCAUUUACGGCACCAACUUCUGCACCUCGGCCCGCAACGCCUUCUUCCUGCUGAUGAGGAACAUCAUCAGGGUGGCCGUGUUGGAUAAAGUCACGGAUUUCCUCUUCUUCCUUGGGAAGCUGCUCAUCGUGGGCAGCGUGGGAAUCCUCGCCUUCUUCUUCUUCACCCAUCGGAUAAAGCUGGUCCAGGACACGGCGCCACCGCUGAAUUACUACUGGGUCCCGAUUCUGACGGUGAUCGUGGGCUCCUACCUCAUUGCCCACGGCUUCUUCAGCGUGUACGGCAUGUGCGUGGACACCCUGUUCCUUUGCUUCUUGGAGGACCUGGAGCGCAACGACGGCUCGGCGGAGAAGCCGUACUUCAUGUCUCAGAACCUCAGGAAGCUGCUCAAGAAGACCAACAAGGGCCAGCCCGAGCCGUAGCACCGCCUGUCCCGCCUGGAAUUCGCCUCCGUGGACCUUGGACCACCCCUCUCCUCCCCCUCGAGGCGUGGCAGGGGAUGGGGGGGGAUCGGUAAAAUC